UUUCGAGCCACACAAGACUGCGACUUGAAUUUUAUCACCAGAGCCGAAACUACCUCGCCUCCAAAUCUUCUCACUACUCAACGUUCAUCCGCCAGACAAUUAACAGCCACCCAAAAUGGCUGUUGGAAAGAACAAGAGAUUGUCCAAGGGCAAGAAGGGUCUCAAGAAGAAGACCGUGGACCCCUUCACCCGCAAGGACUGGUACCAGAUCAAGGCACCUGCCCCCUUCAACGUUCGCGAUGUCGGCAAGACCCUGGUGAACAGAACCACCGGUCUCAAGAACGCCAACGAUGCCUUGAAGGGCCGUAUCUUGGAGGUCUCUCUGGCGGAUCUCCAGAAGGAUGAGGACCACGCUUUCCGCAAGGUCAAGCUCCGCGUCGACGAGGUCCAGGGCAAGAACUGCCUGACCAACUUCCACGGCCUCGACUUCACCUCCGACAAGCUCCGCUCGCUCGUUCGCAAGUGGCAGACUCUCAUCGAGGCCAACGUCACCGUCAAGACCACCGACGACUACCUCCUCCGCCUCUUCGCCAUUGCUUUCACCAAGCGCCGCCCUAACCAGAUCAAGAAGACGACAUACGCCGCCUCUUCGCAAAUCCGUGCCAUUCGCCGCAAGAUGACCGAGAUCAUCCAGCGCGAGGCCUCCACCUGCACCCUCACCCAGCUUACCUCCAAGCUCAUCCCCGAGGUCAUUGGCCGUGAGAUUGAGAAGUCCACCCAGGGCAUCUACCCCCUGCAGAACGUCCACAUCCGCAAGGUCAAGCUCCUCAAGCAGCCUAAGUUCGACCUUGGUGCCCUGAUGGGUCUCCACGGCGAGUCUGGCACCGACGACCAGGGACAGAAGGUCGAGCGGGAGUUCAAGGAGCGCGUUCUCGAGGACGUUUAAGGAUUCAGGCCCUAACAAGAGGAUGCUUCGGCAGAAGGGGACUCUGGCUCUACAGGCCGGAAAACAAAUUCGGCAUUGUUUUAGGUCGUUGCACAUGGCGUAGCAUUAAGGCGGCUGCGGGUCUAGGUUACCUCAAAAUGGUAAAUGGUCAAUUCUUCAAGACACUGUGCCGGGUGUGUACGCAGCCUCGCUUCCGAAUCAUGAUGGCAAGACACGGGGUUUCGGGAUCCGACUGGAAGGAAUAUAAAAAGGCGUCAUGUGUGUGUGUGUGGAAUGGACGGAUUCGUUUGGUUUUUCAAUUGCGUUCCGCCGUCGACCCAAGGACAGGUUCUUGCAGUAACAAUGCAACUUGGUUCCCGAAACUCGGAAGUGGUUGUUCAUCCAGUGACUCCCUAGACCUAGAUAUAUCC